UCGUUCAUGCAACAGCUAGGAAACCGUUUACCCCUCAGGCAAUUGUGCUUUUCUUAGACUCGUUUUGCUUACGUGAGACUGCUUAUGCUCUCGCGAGAUUAUUGAGAGAUUUGCGUCUAAUUCUUGUAUGUCCUAACUGAAGAAAUAUUUUAUCACGUUCGGUUGGUUAUAGAGACUGAAGUAGGGAAGUCGAAGGAGCCUGAAGAAGUAACCAUGGCAGCUGCUGAGGGAAACAAGUUGUGGGGUGGUAGAUUUAUAGGGAACACUGAUCCUAUCAUGGAGAAGUUUAAUGCAUCAAUAUCAUAUGAUCAUCGGAUGUGGGAUGCAGACAUCAAGGGCAGUAAAGCCUAUGUGAAGGCACUACACAAAGCCAAUCUGGUCACGCAGGAGGAAAUGGUGCAGAUUCAGGACGGCCUUGAUCGGGUUUUGGGUGAAUGGUCCAGUGGUACGUUCCAGAUCAAGCCAGGAGAUGAGGAUAUUCACACAGCCAAUGAACGUAGACUAAAGGAACUGAUUGGAGAGGCAGCUGGAAAGCUUCAUACUGGCAGGAGCAGGAAUGAUCAAGUUGUAACAGAUAUGCGGCUGUGGUUACGGGAUGCUAUCACCACUCUGAAGGGAAACACCAUCCAACUUAUAACUACCAUGGUGGACAGGGCAGCCGCAGAAAUCAACAUCCUUUUUCCUGGAUAUACACACAUGCAGAGAGCACAGCCAAUCAGGUGGAGCCACUGGAUUCUCAGUCAUUCAGUGGCACUGAGCAGAGACGUGGAACAACUGGAGGAAAUCAGGAAGCGGGUCAACAUUCUGCCUUUGGGAAGUGGAGCCAUAGCUGGGAACCCCUUCAACAUUGAUAGGGAACUUCUUCGAAAAGAACUCAACUUUGACGGGAUCAGCAUCAACAGUAUGGAUGCAACCGGACAGAGAGAUUUUGUCGCUGAGUUCCUUUUCUGGGGAUCGAUGUGUCUCAUGCACCUCAGUAAGCUGGCAGAGGAUUUGAUGCUGUACAGCACUAAAGAGUUCUCCUUUGUCACGCUAUCUGAUGCAUACAGCACUGGGAGCAGUCUGAUGCCACAGAAGAAGAAUGCUGACAGCCUGGAGCUCAUCCGCAGCAAAGCAGGACGAGUGUUUGGCAGAUGCGCAGGGUUUAUGAUGGUACUAAAGGGACUCCCCAGCACAUACAACAAAGAUCUACAGGAGGAUAAAGAGGCCAUGUUUGACACUUAUGAUUCAUUGCAUGCUGUACUGCAGGUGGCUACAGGUGUCAUGUCUACACUGCAGGUAAAUCAGAAAGUCAUGGAGGCAGCGCUCAGUCCAGACAUGCUGGCUACUGAUCUGGCCUAUUACCUUGUCAGGAAAGGAAUGCCUUUUAGGGAAGCUCAUAGCUGCUCAGGAAAAGCUGUCUAUCAAGCUGAGUCUAAAGGUGUCCCACUGAACCAGCUUACUGUGGAAGACCUCCAUACUGCCAGCCCUUUGUUUGACAGUGACGUGUCCACCGUGUGGGACUACACAAGCAGUGUGGAGCAAUACAGUGCACCAGGAGGCACCGCACAGAGUAGCGUUACAGCCCAGAUAGAACACAUGAGAGCCUGGCUGAAAGUACACAACAAAUAACUAUUCUUGCAACCGUAAUGUACACAGUCACAAACUUAUAAUAAUCAAUGUUAGCAAAUUCUUUAUUGUAGGAUCAUUUAAAGGUAGCAUCUAUGUAUAACAUUCUACAGGCUUUGUCAAAAUCCUAUAUGUUUAUAAAUUGCUGCUGUACCCCCGACUUUCAGGAUUGUUAUAUUAUAGAUAAACAAACAAAGUAAAUAAAUAAAAUAUUCUGAGUAGUUUUGGA